AUGUACAGCCUCUUCUCUUUUAUGUGCCGUCGGCAAUGUCUCUGUCAACAAAACCGAUACGAAAUUCUCAGCCCCUACUGCCCCUUUUUACUUCGUUCUUUUCUUUCUUUUCUUUAUAACUUUCCUUUCCUGCUUUAUUUCUUUAUUUCAUUCUUUUUUUUUCCUCUUACUUUCUUCUUUUUCAUCUUUCUUACUUUACUCUUCUUUCUUUUUAAAUUCAAUUACCCCCACUUUCUUUUCUCGUUUCUGUCUUUCUCUAGUCCCUUUUUUAUCUGUUUUUUUUUGCCUUUGUCCUCAUUUACUAUUUCGCUAUUUCUCUUUCUUUCUUUUCUUUCUUUUUUUCUUUCUUUCUUUUUCUUUCUUUUUUUUUUUUUUUUUUCCAAAAUUCAUUUUGUUUUCUUAUUUUCUUCAAAAUUUAGUUUUAUCUGUUUUUUUUGCCUUCUGUCUUAUUUACUAUUUCGCUAUUUCUCUUUCUCUUUUCUUUCUUUCUGUUUCUUUCUUUCUUUUUUUUCUUUCUUUUUUUUGCCUUUUCUCCUCAUUAUUUAUUUCUUAUAUAUUCUUCUAUUUCUCUUUAGUUUUUUUCUGUUUUUUUUUUUGCCUUCUUUCUUUACUAUUUCUUUAUUUCUCUUUCUUUCUUUUUCUUUCUUUCUGUUUUUUUAUCUGUUUUUUUUUUUGCCUUCUGUCCUCAUUUACUAUUUCGCUAUUUCUCUUUCUUUCUUUUUCUUUCUUUCUGUUUCUUUCUUUCUUUCUUUUUCUUUCUUCCUUUUUUUUCUUUUUCUCCAAAAUUCAUUAUUUAUUUCUUAUAUAAUUCUUCAUUACUCUUUCUCCAUUAGUUUUUAUCUGUUUUUUUUUGCCUUCUGUCCUCAUUUACUAUUUCGCUAUUUCUCUUUCUUUCUUUUUCUUUCUUUCUGUUUCUUUCUUUCUUUCUUUUUCUUUCUUCCUUUCUUUCUUUCUUUCUUUUUCUUUCUUCCUUUUUUUCUUUUUCUCCAAAAUUCAUUAUUUAUUUGUUAUAUAAUUCUUCAUUCCUCAUUCUCCUUUAAUUUUUAUCUGUUUUUUGCCUUCUGUGAUCAUUUACUUUUUUCGUUAUUUCUCUUUCUUUCUUUUCCUUUCUUUUUGUUUGUUUGCUUCUUUCUUUCUUUUUUUCCUUUUUCUUUAUUUUACAAAGUUUAUUACACAUUUAUUUUUCUUCGUCUUUCUUACUUCAUUUUUUUCAUGUUUUUUCUUCCUUUCCCUCAUGUGCUUAUUAUCACGUUUUGUUUUUUUUACUUUUUCUAUCUUUUUAUUCUUUUCUUUCUUUCUUUAUUUCUUUUCAUCUUUAACUUUUGUUUUCUAGGUUUUCCCAAAUUCUUCUUUAGUACUUUUACCUUAUCCUGGCUUCACUUGCCUCGGAGAAUUCCCCGCCCCAUUUUAAUUAUUUUUAAAACUUCUUUGCGGUAA